CCGUCAACCUCUUAAUACCUCUUAGUAUCAAGAGUAAAGUACCGUGCACAGAGUAAAAAAGUAUAAGGCGUGAUUGUUGAUUUUUUCCGUGUUCAAUCUAUUUUAAUGCUGGUUGAAAGACAUAUUUAUGGCAGUACUGUCAAUUUCCUGCGCGUCCUAGCGAGGCUCGUGUUUGAGUUAAGUAAAUGAGGCGCGGGCGAGGCAUGUUWGGAUCAAUCUACGAGAAGGAUUCAAUGGUAAAAUGCUCCACUGAAGUCAAUAGAUUUCAAAGCUGUAGACACAAACGCUGGACAUGUCUGCCACUUUCUAGAGGCGAGAAUCUAGCUUGAUUCUAUCAAUUCCUUUAUUCACGAACGUUACAAGUUUAAGAGGUAAAAGAAUUGACCACUUUUGCGACAGGAAAUACUGAGUGUGGGAGUAUCAGUAUCGAUAUCAGCUUCUAGGACUGAAAGACUGACCAACUGUUAAAAAUAGAGAAACUCCUCUUGGCAAAACCAUUCGUCAUGAACGACACCCAUGACGUCGACGAAGGCCACGUGACCGCGACAUCAGUUGCCAAGGCAAUACCCAUGAUCCUCAUCACCCUUGCUGCGUUUCUAGAGAAUUCUUUGGUGCUCGUUUCUGUAGCAAUGUGCAAAUCAUUACGUCGGUUGCCAGGCAACGUCUUCAUCGUCAACCUCGCUAUCACAGAUGUCGUGGGCGCAUGUCUUUGUAUGCCAUUUGGGAUCAUAACCUUCAUGAGAGAUGGACACUACAUGUUUGGAAACGCUUUAUGCCAGUUUCAAGCCUUUUUGAUUGUCACUAUGUCCAAUGUGACGUUUCUGACGUUGCUAGGAUACAGCGUCUUCAGAUACAUCAUGAUCACCUCGAGACAGCAACUGUCAAUUUCGACUCUUUGGAAAGGGGUGGAGAUCUAUAUAGCGUCAAUUUGGCUGGUGGGAAUGACAUUCAGCUCCCUACCCCUGAUAGGAUGGGGCAAGUAUUUGUACUUCCCAAGCUUUUAUUCGUGUACCUUGGAUUGGACUGCUGACAAAAGUUUCAGCUUUACUGUAUUUGUGGUAGUGUUUUUCAUCCCACAGACAAUAUUAUUGUUUUCUUACUACAAAAUAUCUACGUUCGUCCGACACCACAAAAAACAAUUGAGUAAAAACAGAAAAAGGAUGAACUUAAGUCCACAGUCUAACACAAAUAUGGAUGGUUAUUCCAUUGCAUAUGACGCAAGCUCCAGUCAGUCGGUAUGUCCGCCCCGUGCGCGGAGCACGUCCCCAACCCGUCAAAACGUAAGGAAAGUCUUCGUGAUGAGCAUUCCAGAGGAACAUCCAUCGCCGUUAAAAGAAGGAACAACAUCGAAAGCUAAUUCAGCUCACAAAAUCUCGAAGGAGUCAAAAGGAGGACCCUCCCUAGGACUUUGUUUGGAUGUCUCAAACGUCCAAAUUCAUCCAAAGCGAAAACAAUCAAAAGAAGAGAAGAAAGUAGAGUUCAAAAAUGCAGAUGAAGCACAGUUUCACAAGCCCUCUGUUAACCGACUAAGAGUCGUACAACAAGAGCGACUAGUAAAGAUUCUUUUGUUUACUGUCUUAGCUUUCUACAUUUGUUGGAUGCCCUUUGCAGUGGCUAGUUUUCAGCAAGUUAUAGGCMACGCUGGUCCAAGACCCGAGUAUUUUGACCUUAUUUCUAUGUGGCUUGCCUUUUUCAACGCUCUUUGUAACCCUGUCAUUUAUGUUUUGCUAAAUGGUCAGUUCAGGAAAGCGUUUCGUCAUACCUUGAUUGUAAUCUUUUGCUGCUGUUCGAAAAAUUCAUAGAAAUGUUGCGCCAUGUACUCAUUAAAGGCUCAGUACUUGAAUAUCUUCUUACAGGUGAACGAAAAUUUCCCGAAGGGGCUCUUCCGUGGUGCUGGCUAGCGGACUCAAUUCACAACACUCAUCACGCAUACGAAGAAUACACACCUGACAAAGACAACUCGCAUGUCGAUAUCUGACAUGAAGAUUAUAUCGAAAUGUGUUUGAAAUAACUGACUGGGAUAGCAAGAGGAAAAUAUGCAGUUUGUAAAUAGUAGUCGUGUAUUUUAUAACUACAAAAUUGACUUGUAAAAUAGCGACAAUGGACUACCUACUGGUAUAGUGCCUUAGAAGACUUCAGUGACUUUUGGGUCACCGCAGCCCCAUAGCCUAUAAUCACUUAGUAAUAAAUACCACAAAAAAACGAUAUGUUAAUAAAAGAGAGCAAAGUUUGUAGGCUUAAAGAUUGUGUAAUGGAUGUAAA